AUGGCCGGAGCUCACCAUAAGCUCCGCGAACUCUCGCACCACGUGCGCCGGCGCAUGGCCGUGGCGCUCGACAAGGCAAUGUCCCGCCUCUGCUUGCUCCGCAAGUCCUGCGCGCACCACCGCGUCAUGGAGCGCACGGCGCGGUGGUGGCGCGCGAUGCGUUGCGGCGCCGGGCAGGUCUGGCCGCCUCGGCUCGGCUCGCUGCUCGUACGCGCCGCCUACAUCCUCGCCGUCUCCUGGCUCGGGUACCUCCUCCUGGACGACCUCAAGUUCCGUGCGCCGCCGGCCGGCGACGGCGGCGGGAGGGGCCGGCCCCGCGGCAUUGACCUGUUCUUCACCGCCGUGUCAGCAAUGACGGUGUCGAGCAUGUCCGCCGUCGAGAUGGAGGUGUUCUUCGGCAGCCAGCUCUUCGUCUUGAUCGUGCUCAUGUUUGCCGGAGGCGAGGUGUUCGUGUCGCUCGUAGGACUCGCGUCCAAAUGGUCCAAGCUCAGGAAACAAGGUAUAAACAUAUCACAGCGCGUCGAGAGCCACAACUGUCAGCCACUCUCCUGGCCAAAGCCGGCCGACGACACCGACGUCGACAGCUGGACGCCCGUAAACUCCGACGAGACGAGCAAAAGCCCGAUAGAGGCGAAGCGGUUGCGGCGCGAGGCGGUGCGCUCGCUGCUCCUCCUCGUCCUCGCCAUCAUCGUGGCGGCGCACGUACUCGGCGCCACCGCCAUUGCGGCCUACGUCUACGCGUCGUCGGGCGCGAGGCGGACGCUGCGGAGCAAGGCCCUGGGCGUGUGGACCUUCGCCGUGUUCACGACGGUUUCCACGUUCUCGAGCGGCGGGUUCAUGCCGAACAACGAGAACAUGGCGGCGUUGAGGAGGGACACCGGGCUGCAGCUGCUGCUCGUGCCGCUGGCGCUGGCGGGGAACACACUGUUCCCGACACUGCUGGCCGUGUGCGUGCGCGCUGCCGCCGCAGCGACGCGGCGGCCGGAUCUGGUGGAGAUGACCGCCAGAAACGGCAGGGAGCUGACGGGGUACUAUCACCUUCUCCCGGCGCGGCGGUGCGCAAUGCUGGCGGCGACAGUGGCCGGGCUCGUCGCCGUGCAGGUGGCCAUGGUGUGCGGCAUGGAGUGGGGUGGCGCGCUGCGGGGUAUGGGCCCGUGGGAGAAGGUGUCCAACGCGGUGUUCGUGGCGGUGAACUCCCGGCACACCGGAGAGUCGACCCUCGACCUCUCAACCCUCACGCCGGCCAUCAUCGUCUUCUUGGUGCUCAUGAUGUACCUGCCUCCAUACACGACAUGGUUUCCAUUCCAAGAGAGCUCCAUCGUGGCAGACCACCCCACGAAGGAGACCCAGGGGCUCAGGCUGCUCAAGAGCGCGCUUCUGUCACAACUCUCCUACCUCGCCAUCUUCGUCGUCGCCAUCUGCGUCACCGAGAGGGGAAACCUAGAGGAAGACCCGCUCAACUUCAGCCUGCUCAGCGUCGUCGUCCAAGUCGUCAGCGCUUACGGAAAUGUGGGCUUCUCCAUGGGCUACAGCUGCAGUAGACGGAUCAACCUGGACCGGGUGUGCGCCGACAGGUGGACCGGCUUCGCCGGAAGGUGGAGCGAUUCUGGCAAGCUCAUCCUCAUUCUUGUAAUGCUCUUCGGGAGGCUCAAGAAGUCCAGCAUAUAAAGGUGGCGAAGCCUGGAAGCUUAGUUAGAUGCAGCACCAGCUAGUGGCCAUUGCAUUGCAGGUGUGGGUGCUCAUGUGGUUUUGUGAAUGCAGGCUUUCUCUUCCCUUUUUCUUACCUUCCAUCUUUGUGUAGCCAUAUAAGGUGCAGAAGGACCUGCCACCCUUGUACAGAUUCACCUGCAAGUGCUGCUAGCAUCACAUUAGGUGAAUGAGAAGUUGAAUCAUAAGAAAGUAAAAAAAAAUGAAAAAUGAAGCCUGGCCUGGUGGUUUGCUAGUCACUUGCUCCGAAAAGUUGGCAGCCACAGAUCUGGAGCUGUAGAUACACACAUCCUCGUGUGUACAGGGAGAUUGUCCAGUCAAGUGGUGCUCACCUCACAUUGGAUGUCCGGAAGUAUC